AUGGCGUUCUUCGGAAAGCUCUAUACUUUGGAAAGAAAUGAAAACUUCGAGGAAUUUAUUAAAAGCUUGAAUCUCCCUCAAGAGCAAUCAGAAGGCUUCAUCAACUCAAAACCUUCCCAAAAAAUUGAAAAAGAUGGAGACUAUUACAUUAUUACGACCAACUCCAGAAGGGGAACUACUGAAAUCAAAUUCAAGGAUGGUGUUGAAUUUGACGAGGUGUUUUCACCAGAAAUUACUACCAAGAACACAAUAACUGUAGAUGGCAACAAAUUUACUCAAGUCCAAUCGCUGGGUGACAAGUCUGUGACAUACGUCAGAGAAUACACGCCCGAACAGCUAGUAGUCACUGUGACUUCCAAUUUCUGGGACGGCAUCGCGAAAAGGUACUACGUCGCCAAUUAA